UGGCAAAUAAAUUCAAAUUCCCAAUUUUCCAUGCUUGCAGCAAGUAACAAUAGUUCAAGGCAGGGUCUGAUUUUCUUGACGCCUUUCUUCUUUCAAUUGCCUCCAUCAUUUUCUCACUCUAGGGUUUAACAAAAGGGGUUUUUUCUUUCUCAAUCCUUACCCAAAUGUCUCUACUGAAGCCCUAAUUUUUCGUCUCAAGGAAAACAAACAAUGUCGUCCUUUUUCUCAACUCCACAGCCCCAACAACCUCAGCCAUUGUUUCAACCCCAACAACAGCAACAGCCCUUCCAGCAAAGCAGCCCAUUAUUCCAGCCCCAACAACAGCAGCAGCAACAACAGUUGCAAUUUCCACAACAACAGCAGCAGCUUCAACAACAACAGCAACAGCAACAGCCACAGCAGCAACUUUUUCUUUUCACUAAUGACAAGACUCCUGCUAGUUACAGCACCAAAUGGGCUGAUCUGCACCCGGAUUCUCAAAAACUUCUGCUUCAAAUUGAGGAAAGGAUUUUGGAGUACAGGGAUGAGAGCCAGAGGUUAGAUCAAUGUAGUCGCCUUUAUGAUUCUUCGGUUUCCAAUGAAGGGUUUGAGCUUGAUGCCAGCCACAUUGUUCAGGAACUUGGAGGAGUCAGGACUGCCAUGGAGCAGCAGAAAGCUUUGCUGCAGGAGUUGAUGGCUACUGUGAAAGAUAUGUUAAGGAAUACAGAGGUUGCCGUUCGUUCAUUCAUGAUGCUUCGUCCCCGGUUCCUUCAUUCAAACAUAGCAGGUGCUUCAAAUACCACUGCACCAUCCCAGGCUCCAGGGGCAACAACAACACCAGGUUCUAGUGCUCAACCUAGUGCUGCAUCCAUUCUACCAGUUUUUGAUUUUUACCAUGGGCUUCCAAAGAAGCCUUCUCUAUUUCUACAGCAUACAAUUGCUAGAUUUGAGAAGUAUUUGGGUGAGUGUCGCCAGUGGAUUGAAGAGUUGGAACAACUGCUCCUUUUCAAUUCUGACAGAAACUCUAUCAAUCACACAUCCUCAUUGUUGCAAUCUCUUCCAAAAGUCAUGUCCAAUGUUCAUGACUUUUUUGUUCAUGUGGCUGCCAAGGUGGAGAGCAUUCAUCAAUAUAUUGAAUCAAUGAAAACAGCAUAUCUUGCUGAUCAGCGCCGCAGAGGAGAUGUUAAUGAUCCUUUUCUUGAAGCUGAUCGGAGAGAAACUGCCAAGCAAGAAGCCGCGGCUAAGAGGGUACAUCCAACUUUGCAUUUACCUGCAAAUUCACAGCCAUCAACUCAGGUUGCUGGGUUGUUUGCCAGCUCAGCAAAUCCUGGAGCAGCUUCUGCCCCACAGACAUCUGCUGCAACAGCAUCAGCUUCUUCUGGAGGGGGAUUGUCUCUUUUUAGUACACCAUCUUCGACUCCUGCUUCUUCCAUGUCAUCUUCUCUGUUUGCAACUCCAACCUCAGGUGCUUCCAUUCAGACAUCACUUUUCAGUUCCUCAUCAGGAUCGUUUUUAGGAUCUGCAUCCACUCCCUCUCUGUUUUCUAGUUCUACACCAGCUUUUUCUACUGCAUCUGCUGGAGGCUCACUUUUUUCGACACCAUUUGCUUCUGGUGCUGCAACAGGGUCUGGUGCUAGCUUUGGGGCUGCAUCUAAAUCAUCGAGGCCAAAAUCUCGAACUGCCCGACGUUAGUCAUGGUAGCUUGAAUGUGGAAUCCUGAAGCAACUUGCUGUCUACUCAAAUGAUUCGUUGCACAUAAAAGGAGCCACACAUUUCGUUUUGACAGUGUCUUUGAACGUGAAAUUGCUUAAAGUUCAGUGUCUUUAGCUCUGGAGUUGAAGGAACCCUGUAGUUUUUUUGGUGAAGUCCAGGAAAACAAGAUGUUAGCUUUGGUGAAACAUACUAAUCCCAUUUUCUUUGCAGCUUGAUGAAGGUGCUACAAGAUCCUUGUUACUGUAACAUUGUAGGUCGGAUUUUUUCUUGAGAAAUAAGAUAGGAAAAGCAUAAUUAUCUUUUAUCAA